ACAACGUGAAAAGCAUAUUAGAUGUCGUGUCUAGGUUUUAUUUUUAGAUGUAUACGACGCGAAGGAAACGGAUAUUUAACCGAAGAUCAUGCAGAUAUAGAAAGCGUCCGCUGAAUGGUGAGCGGUCAAGACACAGUCUUGUUUGCAUAUAAUCAAUCACCGAAUCUGCUUGCAAGGGUGUAUUAUCCAUACACUACCGAAAGCACAAUCUUUAAACGAGUGUUAGUAAGGAUCACGGUAUCUUCGUUCUGAGGCUAAAGCGGCCACAAACGGACCACGAUGGUAAUUAAAGAGAAACCACUAGAACUAGAAGGGGACAUCAGUAUCGUUUCGUUUGACGAUCCCAAGUGGGGGCUUGAGCUAGAGAGCGUGGGACGAGCGAGAACCGCUGUCCGCAUAGAACAGGACGAGGACAAUGGCUCAAGGGUUCCCGAGCAGCGCAGGAACCGCCCUUUCGGGUUCUGCUCGACGUGGACAUCUACAGUAUCGGACGCCGUUGGGAUCACGGGAAUCAAGUACAUCGUCAGCAGCAACUUCAAUCUAUUCCGAAGGCUUGUGUGGACCGUAGCGCUGCUCGGCGGGAUGUCAGCCGCAUCUUACCAGAUCAUCAACCGAGCGGUGUUCUUCGUUGGUAACCCGAAAAGCGUGGACGUCGUGAUCGAAUACAUGGAACCGAUGACCUUUCCUGCCGUGACCGUCUGCAACACCAACCAGUUCAGGAACCAACUGCGUGCUCUAGAACAACAUCCAUUUGGUCAAUUUCUGUCUGCCUACUACUACGGCGAGAACUUGACCGAUUUCAUACCGACACUGGGAGGUGCCAACACUACGGCCUUGUAUUACGACUUCGCUCAUCCGAUGGACUAUUCCGGAAUGCUCUCUGAAUCGUCUUUUGGUGGAGCACAUUUAACUCCUGCCGAUUUUACGAGCGUUCUGACAAAACAUGGCGUUUGCUACACCUUCAACAGUGGGCUCAAUGGUCAAGAAUUGAGGCAACAAAAGUUCGCAGGUGGUCAACACGGAUUUGUGUUAGUGCUUAACAUCGAGCAAUAUAACUACUACUUCUCCAAAGACUCAUUGGGGGCCGGAAUCUAUGUGGCUGUGCAUGACCAGGAUGAGAUACCAGACAUAGACUCAAUGGGCGUAGGCGUCCCAGCAGGCGCAUUUGGCAGAAUCAGUGUUCGGAAGAAAACGACCGCUAGGAAGGACGAUGGAUGCAUCGAGAAAGAACUUAAAUACUUCAACAACUACACCAAGAGCAUGUGCCUCCACGAAUGCCUGAUUGAUAUUGUGUACGACAUGUGCGGAUGCGUGGCACCGUACAUGGCAGUUUCCAGCGAUAUGCGAGUCUGUGAUCCCAUCGAAACAUUCACUUGCGUUAACUACCAAUCAGCCAACCCCAAUAAUAUUGACCAAUGUGACUGCCCACUUCCGUGUUCCACGACCAAGUACGCAACCAGCGCGUCCUACACAGCAUUCCCUGGGAAUUUCUACAGUGAGAAGUUUGCUGAGGAAUCUAGUACUUCCGAGUACCCCUUGGCGACGGAUUUUUUCCAGCAAAAUUUGGUGCUGCUCCAGGUGUUUUAUGAAGAGCUGAGCACUGAGCAUCAGGAACACCAUAGCGCCUAUACCUUCUUCGCAUUUCUUUGUGACAUUGGGGGCGCCCUUGGGCUUUGGCUUGGAGGCAGCAUUCUGACCUUCGUAGAGAUUCUUGACCAUCUGACCUACACCAGCGUUGCCCGUGGUUCAUCUUAGUAUCGCCAUGUGUGAGACAGGAUGAAGAAUCCAGACGGGUUUGCCUCUGGUGCUAUGCGCCCCGAGGGUGUUCAAAGCGCAAAUGCCACAUCACAACAGUCAACAAUUGUUUUGUUAUACCUCCGUCUUUGGGUUUUGAUGUAAAAAUCACGAAAACAAACAGCAGUAAACACAACAAUCGUGACAAUCGAACGGCAACUCACAUAAUAUGCAUGUCAAGUGCUCGAAACAGCUGAUCGUCUGAUAGUUCACUGCUCCAACUCUUAUGUGAAAACAUGGUGAAAUUAGUGUGGGUACCAACGAUACAAGCGUUUCACACCGUACGUACCGUACAGACACACUUCACGUACGUGAUAUCCCACAGUAAGUGUGGUUUUUAUAACCUGAACACGUGAUUGUUCUACGCCAAUGAAAAUACAGUAUUCAAGACAGAGCUAAAACAGACCUGACCUGAUGCCUUACGCCAUAUACGAUAGCACGAUCAGCACGAGUUGACAUUGGUAUACUAUGGUGUCAUUAAUUUCAUGUCAAGUUUUUUUCUUAA